AUGAUUCACCCGCAUUCUUUGCACACUCCAAAAAGAAGUACAAAGGUCCAUCCAGGUACGAUGGAGAAACGUGAGCUUCAUUGCAUAAAGUUUUACCAGGGCUCCUGGUUUUACUAUUUUUCAAGAGAAUAGUGCGUAUUUUUGUUUUCGUGACUACAAGGCGUUAAGAUUUCGUGACAUCAGCUGAUGUUCUGACUGACCAAUUACAAGCUUUGUCAACUUGACAUGAGUAAAAUCAGAAGCCUAGCCUUCUUUCAUUCUGGGUGGAUCAUACCAUCACACAUUUUACGAAGACUAACUUUACCAACCAACAGCAGAUUUCGCUGGGAUCCUCUGCAUUUCACAAAAUGGCUGCAAAUUGUGGAUGGCUGUGGUCGUUCAUCUGGCUAAUAAUUCUCCUCUGCCUAGCCUGGCCUCUUGGUAUAUUAGCGGCUGUACUCUACGCGAUCUUUUCACCUUUCGCCGCUUGCUGCAAGCCUUGUACUGAUUUUACUAACUUUCUUAUGGAACAUGGAGUGAAACUGCCUUAUACUGCCGCAUCUAAUAUGGUAAACGGUCGCUCUGGGUGUUAA